GGCAACAUCGUCACAAAAUGUCCGACGGCAAUUGCCAAAGCGACGUUAAUGAACCGCCUUGCGCAAAGAAAAUUAAAAUAGACGAGAAAAAUGAUAACGGCGUAGCAGAACCGGUGUUAGAAUUAAAAGACUUUAUACCUAGCAAAAUAUUAAACAAUAAUACGAAUAGGAAAACUGUUUGUGUUCAGGGAAAUUUUAAAGACAAGAGUGGUGUAGCGUUGGUGAUUUUAGAGAAAAAUGCUUUCAAAGAAGACGAAUUAGAUAGCAAGGGUUACUUCUCUGUUGAAAGCGACUUGAAAACGUUCUUUCAGAACGACAUUUACGGAAAUUUCGAGUGUUUUCCGAAAUCUUCUAUUAACGGUGUUAAAACAACUAUAAUCUACCCAGCUACUGAGAAGCACAUCGCCAAAUUUAGUCAACAAGAAGUACAUAUAAUACAAGAAACAUCCGACUGUUAUAAUAAGCUAACUUUGCCGCACAUUGAAAAGGAACAAUUCAAUUUACAGUGGGUAUACAAUAUCCUUGAAGGCAGAAGCGAACAGGAUAGAGUGGUUUAUGAUAACAAGUGUGAAAAGGAAGGCUUUGUGCUGGUCCCGGACCUCAAGUGGGAUGGUUUAACGAAGGAGACAUUGUAUUUGUUAGCAAUUGUUAGACAGAGAGGUAUCAAAUCACUGAGAGACUUGGAUGGCAGUCAUCUGCCAUUGCUGAAGAGAGUCCGAGACGAAGGAAAGAAAGCAAUCUUUGAGAAAUACAAGGUCCCGGGCAGUCAAUUAAGGAUCUACUUCCAUUACCAGCCUUCAUUCUAUCAUCUGCACAUUCAUUUUACAUAUUUGAGGCACGAGGCUCCUGGCAUUUAUGCAGAGAAAUCACAUCUACUUGAUACCGUCAUCAAUAAUAUUGAAAUGAUGACCGAUUAUUAUAAGAAAGCUACCCUACCCUUCACCAUCCGUGAGAUGGACACAUUGUUCAAUGUAUAUGAGACAAAUGGUUACGUACAGAAAAUUAAACCAGAUAUUAAACUAAUUGAUAAAUAA